AAACAACACCACUUACUACUGAACCAUGGCGUACUAUCCGCCCUCGGAAUACUCAAACGACUCCACCGAUUCCGUCGGCACAUUCGACACAAUCCGGACGCGAGACCUCCUCCAAUCAACCAGCACACUCAACCUCAGCGCAUUCAGCAGAGACGACCUCCUCGCAAACACACCCAACACAAACCGCAACCCCCUAUCCACUCAGGACCAAACCCGUACCACGCAAUCCCAGAUCCGCGCCGCCUACGACCGCGUCCGCACCAGCAUCACCUCCACCAACACCCGCCUCUCCCAGCCCAUCACCUCGGCCCCGCAAACCCCAACAGCAGGCCCUCACGCUGACAUGGACGUCUCGCCCGAGCAGUUCCGCGCAGACGUGGCGCACACGACGCAGCUGAUCAAGGCCGUAGUCGACGCCUCGGAAGAGGGCCGCGCUUCCGCGCUCCAGACCAGCCGGGCCGCGUCGCCGGGGCAGGUGAUUGCGCUGCUGGAGCAGGUGGGCAGGCUCAUUGCGCUGCAGCCUGUGGACGAACGUGAAUCUGUUAACGGCUCUGAGGCCGCGGUCGAGGUGCCGGAGAGCGCUUCCGCGGAGGAGGGUGCAGCAGCGGACACCAACGCUGAUACAUCCCCGUCUUCCAAGCUCAUGAAAGCAGGCAGGAGAGUCCUGGCGUCCGUUUCCCUCGUCACGGACGAAGGACACGUCCUAGCGCGUGCGCCUGUGCGCACGUACGUCGUGCAGCCCCCCCUCCAGACUAGCAGCGUUACGCUCGCUUCUACUACUAACAGUGACGUCUCUUCGUCCUCCACCGCGGCUCACGAGCCUGUUGCUCAAGCCGCUCGCGCCCGGCCGCCCCGCCAUCUGCUGCAUCCGGGCCGUGUGCUCCACCCGUUGAAGCUGAAUCCGCUGACGCCGAGCGUGGCUGCGGCGGAGGGUAGGUCUUCUCCGCUGCUGUCGCCGGCUGGAGAUGAGCCUCGCACUCCGACGCAGGAGUGGUGGCAGAGUAAUGGGGUGGCGGGGUAUACGGGCUUGGAGAGGCUGGGCGGGAGGCCGGACCCUACUCCUGACAAGUACGACGACCUACUUAAAAAUAAGUACACGAUCGAAAAGGAAGGUUCAAACGAAGACGCUAUUUCCGCCGUGGUUGAACUCUUUGGGACGGAAAAGUUUUCUGAGAAGGCCAACCUCUGGCAGCAGGUCGAAGCAAAUGGCGAAAUAUCUCUUGGCUUGGCUACCGCUGAAAUGAGCUUCGGAAGAAGCCUCGACGACAAGGAGUUGAUGAUGAUUGCGCACAACCGCAUGGCGUACUGCGAUAGCAACAGAUACAAGGCCGAUGAGCACACGGGCGAUUUAAAGCCGAUCCCAAACGCUAAAUAUGUACCUGUCUGGGAGCUUUCAUUCAGAGCAGCCGAGAUAUCCGGGAAGCUGAAGUCCUCCACUGAGACAAAGAACAUCUGGUUGGUUUCGAACAAUGUCGUCAACAAAUUGGCUAAAAAGGUCAUGGACGAAGGCCACAAAGUUGCUGAGGCCGUCAUGGAAAUUAGCUAUAAAGAUGGCAAAACCAAGUAUGGCAAAACCAACAAAGAUGGCAAAGUCAUUAUUGCUGGUAAGGAUGUCACCGACGAUAUCAAAAAGGAUAAAGAUGUCAAAGAGGUUACAACUUCACACACCUGGAAGAGUGGCGCGACUGGAACCGAAGGCACAAUCUUCGAGAAGCUCGCCGGUACCGACAACAACUAUUCGUACUUGGCCAUGGCGGGUCGCCACCCUUCGGUCUUUGAGGGAUAUAAGCUCAAAAGCAUUUCGACCGUCAAGAAGGGAAAUGAUUACCACAUGGCGAUCUUGCUCUCCAAGUAA